AUGAAAUUUAAUCUUAAUAAUACUCAAUCCAUUAUUGGUUUAUCGUCUUUACUUCAGCACCAAUUAGGUGGUAGCAAAAAAGAAAUAACCUCUACCAUUAAUAAAAUUUCUAUUGGAUUGUCUCGAUAUUGUUCGAUUACCACGUCAUCAUUACUCGCAAAUAAACUUUUUCGUUCUCCGACAAUUUCUCGGCUCAAAAAUUAUCCGC